UCAGUUUCUGAUGGACAGACAGACAAAGCCUGAGAACAGACGAGCGUUAACAUGGUGCUGUUCACCACUAAGUUUGUCCAAAGAGCUUCGCUCUUUGUGUCCUUUGGAGGUUUAGUCACAACCUUCAUUACAACCUUCCUGCCACUAUGGAAGACGAUGAACUCGGAUCUGAAUGAGAUGGAGAAUUGGUAUGAGGGACUCUGGCACAUGUGUAUCUAUACAGAAGAAGUUGGCAUUCACUGCAAAGCCUUUGAGUCUUUUUUAGCCCUUCCACUAGACACUUUAGCUUCACGGGUUCUCAUGUGCAUUUCCAUCGCGACGGGAUUCCUUGGUGUGGCGGCUGCUUUUUUCGGACUCCAAGGUGUUGACAUUGGCACUGGACGGGAGAGGAUGAAGAGGACGCUGCUCAUCAUCGGUGGAGUGUUUAUCCUUGUGUCAGGGAUCACGACCCUCGCACCUGUUUCGUUAAUGGCGUACAUAAUGGUAGUGAAGUUCUGGGAUGAGAAUCUCCCAGAUGUGAUGCCUAGAUGGGAAUAUGGAGAGGCCAUGUUUUCUGCCUGGUUUGCUGGACUUCUGUUGGUUGUUGGAGGUGCUUUUGUAUUUGUUGCCGUCUGCAUGGGCGAUCACGAAGCAAAGUUGCAAAGUAAAAUUCUCGCUCGCAGUCUAGAGCAACGCCCGAGAACUCAGCAUUACAGAAAGACGGAAAUCAUUUAGUUUAGAUUUCAUCUUAAGGUUGGAAAUAUUCAAGAAUAAAGCUCAGCUUUACUAAAUAAGCAUGCCAAACUUGUUAUCAUGAAAUAGUGAAUUUGUUUUAAUCAGAAUUGUGAGUGCAAUCAGAAGGGCAUGGUUACUUGCACGGUGAUUGUUUCCAUAUUUAUUCAUCCCCUCAAGAGCAAAAUUAUACUUUUAGUAAUGCUUCAGUUCUUUUACAUUAGAAUCAAUCUCUGCAGACUUGAGAUUUGUGAGCUGUCAUCUUAAGGAAUAAUAAAACUCUCAAAAUCAUUUUGUAAGGUUUGUACGGGACAGCAGCUGAUUUAUUUGCACUGUUGAUGCAUUGCACCGAAAACUCAAUUAAUGUUAUGCAUGAUUUGGAAGCAUUUGGACAGAAUUUAUUCACAUCUGAAGCUUUCAGGUGACUUUCAAAGCCCUAUUUGGAAAAGAAAUCAGUGGCCUAUUGGUAUUUUUACAUACUGAUAGCAUUAAAAACAUUUAAACCAGUAUAAACCAGUCUAGUAAAAAAAUAUAUUUUAUUUUAUUUGUGUGUGUGUGUGUGUGCAUUAUUUGACACUUUUUUUAGCAACAGUAUGUUUUAUCAAUGGUAAUAUUGCCAAGGAUGGUUAAUGCUGUAAUGCAAGUUUUGCAAUUUUAUAGUAUGUGUCUAAAUAAAUUUGUAAUUAUAUUUGGGAUCUGUAUUCUGUGCAUAACCAGAAUUACUAUAUGACAAAAAUUACAAUUCUGUCAUUCCAGCUCCUUAUAAUAUGUUCUUUUAUGUUCCACAGAAAAAAAGAAUCUUAAGAGUCUUACAUUUCAGAGCCACGCAAGGAUGAGUAUUCCUAUAAGCACAAUGAAGUCAGUUUAAGACUGAAUAUGUUAAUGUUGAAUUAUUGUUAAAUCAAGCGUGUUUUAGAACUUGAUGGAUGAAUGAGGAUAAACUAAAUAAAAGUG